AUGAAUUUUAAUCAAGACGAUAAAUCAAUAAAAUUACCCAGUCUACCAGACAUGCUUUAUAAUGAGAAGAAUAUGGAGGAUAGUUAUGCUACUGAUAGUGUAAUACCUUUUUAUGCAACAUAUAAACCUAAUGAAUCAAUUGAAGUAUUAAAUUCAAGUCCUUAUUUUAUAAGAAGUACAUACUACACUAUUCCAAAUACACAAGAAUACAUAAAUAUCAAUCAUAUGCCUUUAGGUGUUCAUAUAACACCAUUUUGUGAUAGGAGUGAAGUUUCAGAAAUUGAUAUACCUGAGAGAUGUUCAAUGUGUAGAAGUUAUCCUAGCAAACUUACAAUUAGAAAAGACAAUUAUUAUCUUUGUAAUAUUUGUAACAAUAGAUUAAGACUUACUAAAGAAAAUUCAUUAGCUUUUCCAUCAUUUGAAUUUAAGUUAACUGAUCCAAAUUUAAAACAUCAACCUAUUUGUACUUUUAUAUUUGAUAUCUCAACAAAAGGUUUAGUUUCUUUAGCUUUAGAUAGUUUAUGUCAAUUCAUUACUGAUAAUACUUUUACUAAUUUUCAUCCUAAAUUAUGUUUUGUGUGUAUUGGUAAUAAUACUGUUACUUUUGCUAAAAAUCUUCAAGGAGAACUUUCAAUAUUAGAUAUUCAAAGCGAAAUUGUUCCUAAAAUAUCUAAGAGUUCUAUAUUUGAUAGCAAUGACACUGAAACUAUUUUAGAGAUUGUUGAAAUAAUUAGAGGAUUCAAUAGUAAUGUUGAAAAUAAAAUAGAUAGUGUUUUUGAUGUGAUAGAAAAUCUUAAUCAGUUAGUUGAGGGUAACAAAGUUAUACUAUUCACUAGUCAAACAUCAACUUAUAAUUAUGAAAAAUUUUUAGAAAAGAAUCGAAAUUUCUGUUUUAAUCUUAUUUUCCUAAGAGAUGGAACUUCAGUAAUUAGGAUGAAUACUGAAUUAUCUAGUUUAGAUUCUCUUAAAAGAAUGUCAUUUUAUAGUGGUGGAGUUUUUCGUGAACUAAGACCUGAAAAUAUAAAUGAUUUAUCAAUCUUCUUAUUGAAUAUAUGCAGACAAAUGAAUGUAUUUAAUAUAAAGAUGUAUUUAAAAGCAUCUGAUAAUAUAAUUAAAGAAGACGUGAUUGCACCGGGACUGGAUCUUACAUUAUCAACACUUAAAUUGAAUUCUUUACAUUCAAAUUCAAUAGUAUCAUAUACUUUGGGAUUGAAUGAAUAUAGUAUAAAUAAUAAAUUUCUACAAGUUGAAACAAGAUACAUCAAUUAUGAUGGAGUUAAAAAGUGUAGAAUAUUUAAUCUGGGAAUACAAAGCGGGAUGAAUUACUAUAGAACAGUUUCUGUGGAUUCUAUAUUUGCUUUCUUAGUUAAGAAAAUGGUAGAAGAAGAUAUAAAUUUAGAUGAGGAAUUAACUAAAAUAAUUGGUUAUUAUAUGAGAAAAAUAAAGUCAACUUCUAACUUAACUUUACCAGACACACUUAAAAUACUACCAGUAUUAGUGCAAUCAGUUUCUAAGCAUAUUUCUAUUGACUCUACUGAUAUUAUUUUAGGUAAUGUUGAACAGAUUAUAAAACUGUUUUAUCCAAGACUGAUUUGUUUAUCUGAUUAUCAAUUAAAUAAAGAACUAAUUGGACUGAGAUUAACAACAAAAAGUAUAAUUCCAGGUGAGAUUUAUAUUUUAGAAAAUUCUAAAGAAAUAACAUUUUACGUUCCUGAUGGUAUUUCAGAAGAACUUUUCUUAGACAUUUUUAAUUUAGAAUUGGAAAAAGCCGAUGAUUCAUUUAUUAGAAAUGAUACUGAAGGGGGAUUACUUUGUUAUAGUAUAAUUAGUAAGAUUGAAUCUCAUUACAAUUAUUUUCUGCCUUUAAGAAUUAUAAGAGCAGGAGAUCCUGAAGAGGCAAAGUUUUUGUCUUAUUUGAUUGAAGAUUCUUUGAAUGGAAAAGAGGAUUAUUAUUCCUCCCUCUGUACACUUUAUGAUAAAAUAAAAAAUUAA